UGACUGUGGCUACAUACAAGGAAGCUCAUGACAUCUGUUACCGCUUGUUUUGAAACGUACAGCCUUUCUUACUUCUUAUCACAGUGUUUAUGCUCUGCUGUCUGAGCUGUUGAAGCCCAUUGGUGGACCUGACGUUCUUCUCGAUUGUUAUUAAAACUACUGGAUGUUCCUUCACAGAAAGCAAAGGUUUUCAGGUGUUGGAAUAGCAAUCUCUUGAGUCUGAUCCAGGAGAGUAUAAUGUGAAAUGGACCUUCAAAGCAAUACAACCUCAGAAUACAAAACUUUCUUUGUCGGAGCUAACAGCCUCAUCUUUGUCCUUGGUUUGUUCCUCAAUGUGUUGGCUCUUGUCAUCUUCUUUAGAUACCACAAGUUCCGCUCCCCGACCACAGUGUAUAUGAAGAACCUAGCUAUCUCAGACCUGUUGCUUGUGGCUUUCCUGCCUGUACGGAUUUAUUACUAUGGCACUAACGCCCAUCUAGACGACACUCUCUGUGAAAUCACAGGACUGAUUUUGCUUGUGAACAUGUAUGGCAGCAUUUUCUUGCUAACUUGUAUCAGUGGAGAUCGAUGUAUGGCUGUUUGUUUUCCUAUGAACUCCUGUGUAAAGUCAAUAAGAGACAAUGCAAAAUACAUUUGUCUUGGAGUCUGGAUGCUGACUGUUGGGGCAAGCAUCCCUGUGUAUGCUUUUCCAAAGUUGAAGAACAAUGGUAGUAAAACAGGUAAAUGUUUUGAAAGUGAACCAGUUUAUGUGACCAAGCAAGCACCUGUUGUGGUAUCACUGAUGAUUGGAUUUUUUAUUCCUCUUACAGUUAUGUCUGCCUGCUCUUGGGCACUGCUGCGAGCCGUCAGACGGAGCUCUGCUGCUCAGAUGCAACAUAUGAGGCCACAUAAGAUUCGCAGCAUGAUUGUAGCCAACAUCACAAUCUUCCUUAUUUGCUUUUUACCAUACAACACUGUCCUGUUAUUGUAUAUCACCACCACCUCACAGACUGACUACUUGCACUUUGCCUAUAGAUGUGCCUUGCUCGUGGCAUGUGUCAAUACAAUCUUGGAUCCAAUCUUUUACUAUUUUGCCACAGAAAGUUUUAUGGAGAGUGUCACAUGGAAAAAGAUUUGGGGUUCUAAUAGUGAUGAGGAGGGGGGCAAAUCCCUCCAAAACCUGACUUAAUUAGCAGAAGGCACUGUUUAAAAGCUCUGUUGUGUUUAUAGAGCAAAAACAAUGGGAGAUUUCAUUUUAAAAACAAAAGGAUUAAACAUUCGGAAAAGACAAACUGCUGCACAGCCUCACACACCUUUCUGAGGAUUCAUAGACAAUGCAAUUUCAGUGCACAGGUAGUUAUUAAUCUGUCAGCAUGAGAGUGUAGCGGUUUCAUGAAAUGCAGCUUAUCUACAAAGCAGUACAUGAUGCAGCUCUAUUACAAACAGUAGCUUAAUGCACCUGCUGAGGCAAUUAAUGCAUGCAAGAGUACCAAGCUGAAUUCAGCAGACAGUAUGGGACACAAAACAGUAGAAUAACGUUGCUAAUUCAGCAUUACUGCAUAGACUUGUACAUAUGUACGGAGGCAAUCUCAAUAAUCUUCAGACCCCAUUCUCCCCAAACCUGCAUUUCACUAAUAACAGAUUAUAUUUAGGGUUAGGUGUGCUGAUCAAGCAGUCCUCACUCACUGCAAUUCCUCUGCAAAAAAAAAAAAGAUAAGAAAGCAUGCAGUAUUUCUAUAAACAAAGCAAUAUUUUACCUUGAUAGCAAGUGAGGUAUCAUUUUCCUGUGAGACAUAAUGAGUUCUUUUAAUAAUAAAAGCUUAAUUUAUAAACCACUUCUUCUAAUAAUAAAAAUGUUAUUUGCAAUCCACACAAGUAGGACUUAUUGUAAUAAAAAGUACUCUUCCACUCUCUGCAUUUGUCCAGUCUUACCCAAGACCAGACCUGGUUACAGUGACUCAUGGGGUAAAUAAUUCCCUCAUGUCUUGACUGCACCAGUGACAAUGGGAGGUGCUCUCUCCAGUAAUGUCUGCUUUUGAAAAAUAGAAUCUUUGAGUAAGAAAACAAUAGGAUAGUUCUAUUUAUUAAAGAAAAAAAAAAUCAAAUCCAUGCAGUACUGUUUAUUACCCUUACUCU